GGGGACACGUGCUUUGGUCAAUCACGUGACGGAGCGUCACGUGGUACCGGCACGGUCACGUGGGAGGACUGGCGCUGCGGAUCUACUGAGAGAGGUCGGUCUUGGAGGGGACUGGACGCUCCGGGAGCCGGGAGGUGGCGGUAACGGAGGUCGGCCAUGAGCGGGCCGGACCCAGAGCCAGGGCCGGAAUCUGGACCUGGGCCUGUGUGGGAGCGGCCCUGGUCCUUGGAUGAAAUCCGCAAGAACAGCCAGAGCUGGUCCCUGGCCGCGGAUGCCGGCCUUCUACAGUUUCUUCAGGAGUUCUCACAGCAAACCAUCUCUAGGACACAUGAAAUCAAGAAACAAGUUGAUGGACUUAUUCAUGAGACAAAAGCCACAGAUUGUCGCCUUCACAAUGUCUUCAAUGACUUCCUCAUGCUAUCUAAUACCCAGUUCAUUGAGAAUCGUGUGUAUGAUGAAGAAGUGGAGGAACCAGUUCCCAAAGCUGAAGUUGAAAAGACAGAACAGGAGAAAACCCGAGAACAAAAAGAGGCAGAUCUGAUUCCCAAAGUCCAGGAAGCUGUAAACUAUGGGUUGCUGGUAUUGGACAGUGCAUUUGAACAACUUGAUAUAAAAGCUGGAAAUUCAGACUCUGAAGAAGAAGAAGCCAAUGAGAGAAUAGAACUGAUUCUUGAGCCAAAGGAUCUCUAUAUAGAUCGCCCCUUGCCUUACUUGAUUGGUUCCCAGUUAUUCAUGGAGCAAGAAGAUGUUGGUCUUGGAGAUCUUUCAAGUGAAGAAGGCUCAUUAAACAGUGAACCUGAUAGUGUUUUGGACAGUGAAGAAGAGAAGGAUGAAGAGGAGUCAGAUGAUGACUUCGGCAAUCAGAGUGAUAAUGACCAAAAACCGCACACAGCACUGAUAAGUGAUGAAGAGGAAGAGGAAGAUGGUUGUGAUCUCUUUGGGGAUUCUGAAAAGGAAGAGGAAGAAGGAGAUGAGGAUGAUGGAGAAAAUGCAAGACCUAAAAGAAAUCGACCUACUUCAUUUGCCGAUGAGCUAGCAGCAAGAAUCAAAGGAGAUACAAGCCGAACAUAUGAGGGACAGACAACUUCAGGGGAAGCAAAACCUAAGAGAACAACCAAAGAGAAGAAGGAUAUCAGGAAAGUUCCCUCUGAUGAUGAAGAAGAUGACAUGUUUAAACCACCCAAACUAACAGAUGAAGACUUCUCACCAUUUGGCUCUAGAGGGGGCCUUUUUAGUGGAGGAAUGGGCCUCUUUGAUGAUGAUGAUGAGAGUGACCUCUUCUCAGAAGCCCCUAAAGACAGUGAAAAUCAAACCCCCAUUAAAGAAGAGACUUCAUCAUCAAAACCUGGGAAAAAAAUACCUGCAGGAGCUGUGUCUUUGUUCUUAGGUAAUACUGAUGUAUUCAGUGUUUCUUCACUUCAGUCACCAAAGGAGCAACAGAAGCCUCCACAGUCCACACAAGGGAAAACCCCACAGAGUCCUGUUCCUGCUGGCCUCUUUGAUAGCAGCGAUGAUGACUUCUUUGUUGCAUCUAACAGCAAACCCUUACAUACAGCCAAACCAACUGUUGAUCUGUUUAAUGAUGAGGAAGAGGAGGAAGAAGAUCUCUUCAAAAAGAAAGCACCCCCCUCUUCCACUGAUGUUCUCAGUCCUGAAGCUAAGGAAGCAGGCGAAAAGGUCAUGCCACCUUCCAGCAAAAAUCUCAAAGCCUCUUCAGAAGCAAUUUCCAAAAUACAAAAAGGUUUAUUCUCAGAUGAGGAAGACUCAGAGGACUUGUUCUCUUCAGCUCAGAAUGUGAAUAAGACAAAAGCUGUACCUCCCCAUUCCAGCAAACUCAACACAAAGAAAUCACUUUCUCUUUUCGAUGAUGAUGAUGAAGAGGAGAAUCUUUUUGGGGAUAUUCCUACUAAGAAACAAUCAUCAUCUGUGCCUAAGCCAGCUCAAGAGAAAGCAAAGUCUUCUGAACCACACAAAAAAGCAUCCGGCUUACUGUUCAGCAGUGAUGACGAGGACCAAUGGGGUAUUAGUGAUUCACAGACCAGUAGGGUGCCUGACAGCAAUAUAAAGGAACUUAAGAAGCCUGGAACCAUGCAGGAUCAUAAAGAGAAGGAUGGGAAAAAGAGAAGUCUGUUUGAGGAAGAUGAUGAAGAAGAUUUAUUUACUGUUGCUAAAGACAGCCAGAAAAAGGCUGCUAAAGUUUCACUCCUUUUUGAAGAAGAUGCUGAUAGUGGUGGAUCUCUGUUUGGCUCUCCUACUCCUCCAUCUGAUCUUUCUGCAAAAACGGGAAAAGAGAAAAUCCCUCAGGCAAUGCCCUCAUUAUUUAGUGAUGAAGAUGAAGAAGAAGCUCCAUUUGGAACUGUGAAACAAGUAGAUAAGAAGGCUGAAUCAGCUUUGUCUGGGAGUCCUGUUGUGGACAAGCAAGAAGAAAAGCUUUCCAGUCCUGGUGCCCAUUUCAAGACCACCACUGGUGUCUUUCAGGAUGAGGAGCUUCUCUUCAGCCAUAAGCUCCAGCAGGACAAUGAUCCUGAUGUUGACCUCUUUGCCACGUCCUCAGGUCAACGGACUGGUCCCCCAUCCAAAGAGGCCCUUUUUGGGGAUGAAGAAGAUGAUGAUUUCUUCACUUCUGCUCAGCCACGGCCCCCGAAGGUACCGCAAAAGAAAAUAGUAGUGAAAAAAGAUAAUUUUGGGCCUCCUUUUGAAAACCAUAAACUCCCUGAGUCAUCUCCAAGUAGCAAACCUGACACAGAUGUGUGGAAACCGGAAACAGCCCAGGACUCUGCAAGCCUCCCUCCAUAUAAAACCAAAGAACCUUCCUCUCGGAUCGGGAAACUACAAGCAGAUUUAGCUAUUAAUCCAGCGGCCUUGCUGCCCGGGGCAGCCCCCAAAAUCUCCGGGGUGAAGCCCACUGUGCCGGCGUUUGGCUUUGCUACAUCUGAGCCUGAUGGAGUCAGGGGUGUGGAGACGGCCUCUGCUGGCGAGAUGGGCGUGAGCUUUGAGGACCCAGCCCGAGCAGAUACCUUACACAGUGUGAACAAGGGCCGAAUCAAAAUGAAAGGAAAACGAAGGCCUCAAACUCGAACUGCACGGAGACUAGCUGCUCAGGAAUCCAGUGAAACUGAGGAUAGAAAUGAUGCUGAAGAACCUCAGUUAGUCGGAGAGCAUGUUGUCUCCUCUUUUGUUAAACAGCAGCAUACAAGAGAAGUGGACAAGAAAGAGAACUUGGAAAAGACUUUUGGAGUGCCUUCUCCCUUUUUGGAAGAUGCCUUUGUGCCUGGAGGGGAAAGAGAUCCUUCUUCCAGAUCUGUGAACCUGACUAUUGAGGAUAGCCUUUUUGAUUCUGAUGACAUCUUUGCAAAAGCUUCUAUGUCAAAGUCAACCACAAAGAGAACAAAGGACAAGGAGAGUCCAUCAGAGGACCUAGCCACCCACCCAGGGGACAGAGAAGAAAAACAGUCUUUGCUCCCAGUGCUGGAUGAGCCAGAGAAUGAUGAUGAUCUCUUUCAAUCUGUGAAGCAGAAACUAGCUAAGAAAAAAAAUACUGUUCCUCUCCUAGAGGAAGAAGAUGAUCUCUUUGUGAACCAGAAAACCAAGAAAAAGACAUCAGAACCUCUUUGGCAGCAAGAUGUUAUCUCAAAAAAACAAGACAUUUUUGAGGACGACAUUUUUGCUACAGAAGCAAUUAGACCAGCUCAGAAAACAAAAGACAAGGAAAAAGCCUUAGAAUCCAGCCUUUUCGAUGAUAACAUUGACAUCUUUGCUGAUCUAACUGUAAAACCCAAAGAGAAGAAGUCAAAAAAGAAAGUGGAGCCAAAGUCAAUAUUUGAUGAUGAGAUGGAUGAUAUUUUCUCAUCCAGUGGCCCAACCAAGAUGCCCAAACCAAAAAGCCAGUCCGCCCAGUCAACACCAGAAACAAGAUCAGAAACCAAGGUGUCUGGUAUAUUUGAUGACCCUCUGAAUGCCCUUGGAGGCCAGUAGAGGACAUGGCAAAAGGGGGGGACUUCAUCUUUGUUGGAUCUCUUCUUAGGUUAUUAUCGUACUCUUAUAUCCUAACAACUCUAUCAAGAAAAGCAGAUCCUGGAAAAGGCUCUUCUCUUAUUCAUUGUAAGCAGUAUUAUUUUUGCACUGGUUUUAAUCAUGCUUAAUUAAUAUCAAGGAAAAAUAGAUAUUCUCAAAUACUUUUGGUUAUAUUCAGUUCAACUUUAAUCCACCUGUGCAAUACAUGCAAUGAUUUACUCUAUUAUAUAGAACAUUAUUUCCUUUUUCAAAUGGAGACAAAAAUUGCUGAUAGAAUUAAAAUGGUAAAAUAUAAAUUGUUUAAAGCUAUAUUUUGCAUGCUUGUUAUGUCCAUUUAACUUAUCAUGGUCAGAAUUUAUCAGAAACUACUCUUGAGAAAUAUUAGUCUGAAAGUAGGAGGUUUUGCACUGUUUUCCUCUUGCCUUAUGUUCAUCAUAAUAAGGAGUCACUGAGUUUAAAGGAAAGGUUAUUUUUUGAUUCAGCUCUGGUGGAGGACUAAAUAAAAACUCACUACUUCCCUGA